AUGGAGAUUGAAGCAACAGGAUACAAAAUUCAAAAAAAACGUGUUGGAAUUUAUGUAAUGCAUGACAUUGACAAGUUAACAGAUGGGGUCCAAAAAGUACUCAUAAGUAAGGAUGAGUUCCAAAAAGGCUUGAAGGGAAACACUGAUCAUCUCAGAGAAUUAAUAUUAAUGGGUAAUGUUAAAAAUUUGGAUUUGAAUGAGGAUGUACAAUGGACUUUGCACACACUGAAUGAAAGGCUUCAUGUCAACAGAUAUGGCAGAGCAUGA